AAACCAAGGAAGUGCUUGUUUACAGCGAGUCAGACUUCGAGCAAUGUUUUAGGCAACUCGUUUUGGAUUUACUCAUCAGCCAUCAUGUGCUUGGUAUUAGCGACAAAGCAAUUGUCUCGAAUACUUUCAGCCUGUAAAAAUGGUUCCUCUGAUGCAUUGUUCUCGCACACGUUCAGGGCAAUCUCGACUUCUCCGCGUUUUCAUUCCGCGACUGAGCUGAAUAAGCCUCUGAAGCAAUGGACUCUGGUUGUUCACCCUUUCAGCACUGUUCGAGUUCAGCUGCGCUGCAAUAUAUUAGUGCAGCCGCUGGAUCCCCACGCCUUCCCCGGAGCAAAUAGGGCGUUUAUCACAGUGAACGGCACCAGCGCAGACCAAGGACUGAAGCUUGACAACUUCCACGUGCAAUAUAACGACCAAAACAAGGAACUGACCAUAUUGUCCGAAAAGGUCAAUAGUAAUGUGUCUGUUGAACUGACAGCUCCAAUUAAAAGUGAUUUGCACAUUACAACAUUGGGGGAGGGGAACGUGAAGAUCCAAAAGAUGGAGUGUGACACCUGCAGAGUGCUCACCGAGACUGGACACUGUGUCCUGCAGUCAGUGAAGAGUCACAAGGUGCUUGUGCAGUCUGUCGGAGGAAACAUCAUAUGCCUCGGCACCAUACAUGGCAACGUGGACAUGAGCACAUCUGGAAACAGUAUGGUCAAUAUCAAAAAGCUCCAGGGAACCAGCAUGAAUGUAUCGACGGAGCAUGGGCCACUGAAGGUCAAAGCCAUUUAUGCAGAGUCUACCUCUGUGUCCUCUGCCUCAGGGAAAAUCCAACUGGGAAACGUGCAUGGAGAUGCCACGGUACGGAGUAAACUGGGGGAUGUAAUUGUCGACGGGUCAAACGGCCACCUGGAGGUUUGGUCCCAGGAGGGGGACAUCGACGCCUAUGUGGGACGGGAAGGGUCUGCAGAGCUGCGCAGUAAGCAAGGGUCCAUCUCAGUGAGGGUCCCGGCCUCUAUGCGGGCAGCUGUGCUGUUGUCUGGAGCCUCAGUGGAAGUCAGCCCUGAGAUCAGCCUACACCAGGUGGAGCAGGAGUCCACCAAAACCUACACCACCCUCACCGCUCUUCUGAACGGAAAAGCAGAGGGCGGGCAGUGGAUCAAAGCCCAGGCGGAGAGGGCCACCGUCAGCCUGAGGACGCAGAGCUGGUUUGAGUCGCUCAAUCUCGGUGACUGAGGAGCCUGGGAGGACAGCCAACGAUGGAGCUGUUGCAGGAAGUCUUACCCGCUCAGACAUGAGCGGAGUUCUUAGAGCUUUGGGCAGCUUUUAGUUCAUGUUCUUGUUGUUUUUAUCUGUUGUGUGUUUCUCAGAUUAACGAGCAUUGCUGUAACUGCCCGCACCAGUCAUACUCUGGUCUGUGAAAUUUCACUCCCAGAUGUGACCAAAGCUACCUCAGCUUGGAGCACUACCUUUUCGCAUCGAAAACCGUGUCAGUCAUUACUGUAUGCGCUGCGAAUGAAAUACGUAACCAACAGACACAGAACAGAUUUAAUGCAUUAAUUCACGAAGUAGAGAAUGCAUUUUAAAGGAGUAACACAGCGGUUGGUCACACUUUCUAGGUUUUUAUAUGCAAUUUGCACAAGGGGCUUUGAAGAAACACGAUGAAAGUAUUAAAUAUGUCUGGUCUUUUAGUUUUGGAGAAGCAAGUGUUUUAAAUUUAAAUUUUAAAACGGUUGAGAAUGUUCUCCUAGUAGUACGUCACACGAGGAUAACCACUCCCCAUAUCCCUCCCCUAUAACUUGUGAGCCACAGUUUGCACCACUGGCCUACAGGAAAGAGGGGGCACGUCAUAGCUAAUUGACAAUUAGGCUUAGAAAAAUAAGUUAUAAAAUACUUGUAAAUGUAAAGACAACUGGGAAAGUGUCACAUCCAGGCACCAUGUUACUCCUUUAAGGCUUGAGCCCUGGAGAGUAGUUCUGUUAACUGCCAAACCCAUUAUUUUGUUGUUUUUAACUUUGUGGUUUACAAAUCUUUGUUUAAAAAAAAAAACUGUAUCAAAAUGCGUUAACAUUUCAGUUUGGCAGUUUGUUUGAUUAAUUUUGCUGUGAAACUUUGGCAGAACAAACCCAUGAAACUGCCUUAUUUAAAUAAAGCUCACUGUUGCGUCUAAAGUCAUUUGGCAUGAACAUUUACUGCAGGCGCUAUGUCCAAACUGUCGUGUAAUGUAGAUAUGUACAGUACAAGGUAAUGCAUGGAGCGUAAAGUUUGAGGAAGCUUUGAAUAAAAUUAUUACGGAUGAAUGUGUUAUUACAUUACA